AUGUCUCCCAAGGUUGACACCGAAACCCUUUUCAAAAGCGAGGCUUUUGCCGUCCAGUACAAAUUUGCUGAGACAAUGACUGGUCCAUUUGGUCAAUCACUGAUUGAUCAGACCAAACUGGUUGAAGACGCGACGGCUAAACCAGAUCAGCCUCUCGUUGUUCUUGACAAUGCCUGUGGCACUGGCAUUAUUUCUAGUCUACUAAAUGAACAGCUGGACAGUUCUAUAAAACAGAACUGGAAAUUGACUUGUGGAGACAUCUCGACGCCGCUACUUGAAUACACUGCACGUCGUAUGAAAGAAGAAGGCUGGCAAAAUGCUGAGACUAAGGUUGUCAAUGCGCAAGAGACUGGACUACCUAGUGAUCACUUCACUCAUGUCUUUUCUGCCUUUGUUCUCAUGGCAAUUCCGAAACCAUUCAAUGCUCUUGAUGAGACCGUUCGAAUCGUGCAACCCGGGGGGACAAUUGCAUUCUCGACUUGGAUAGAACCGGGCUGGUUUUCAAUCGCACGCAAAGCAAUCGCGACUAUACCCGGAAACAUGCCCUUCCCGACGACCCAAGAAUUCCUCAAAAUGACAGGCGAUGGCGAAUGGAACUCAGCCCCCUGGAUCAAGUCCCAACUCAAGGACCGUGGACUCGAGGACAUCAACGUUCAGGAAGAAUCGAGGAACAUCGCCGUGCUGUCGUCCCGCUUUACGGACAUCACAAUGAUGAUGUUAAACAUGAUCAUUCAAUCCUUCUGGACGGAGAAGCAACGCGAGGAAAAUGGCGACAAAGUCCGCCGGGCGAUGGAAAAGUAUGUGUUGGACACGUAUGGGGAGAACGAGGAUAUUGACACGAAGUGGACGGCUAUUAUCUCCACUGCACGCAAGCCUCAGUAG